CCCUGAACGCACCAAGCACCCUCACACCCACACACACACACCCUCCCUCCCCACCUGAAGCUCCGCUAUCUUUAGCAGCAACGUCGCGGAGGAUUACCGGAUAAACUCACCGAACCAACCCCACCACGGCGACACGACACCCACAAAGGAUGGGGGAAUGACAACACAAUCCCGGCUUCUCGACAAGACCCCCGCCGCCGCUGCUGCCGCCGCCCACCGCCACCACCUCCACCACCACCACGGACGAUGCCGCCGCUCUCCAGCCCGCGGAGCGAACGUCAUCGCCGGGCCUCGGCGCUGCUCCUGGCCGCGGUCGUGCUCUGUGUCGUCCGCGCCACCGCUAGCCUUCCAGCUGGCAGAGCGUGUCCUCGCCACAUCGACUGUGCCAAGAUGGGACGGGAACUGUGCCAGCCUGGCUCCGGCAGCUGCGGGCCCUGCCUGCACCCGCUGGUGGAGAACGAGGUGGGACGCUGCGUGAUCAGGAAGAGACACGACCAAAAUGCUAAAAGUUCGUAUUAUCCCGACUUGGACGAAGAGAUCGACUUCAUCCACUCCUACAUUGAAAAGCAGGAAGUGUCGGCCAUCGAACGUCCAAAAACACAAUUCCGAGAUCCUGUUUUCUCCUCCAACGGCGGGAAAUUAGCAGACGACUCCAAACAGGAGCAGUCGGGCCAAGAUGGCGCCCCGUCAGGAGGCCGCAACCAGACCGCCGCCAGCCGAGGGGGCGUGUCCAACACGUCCACGCCGCAGCCCCGGGCCGGCGGAGCGGCGGGGCGGGCGGGGCCUCGCGUGGAGACGGCCCACAAGGACGACAGGGUUGUCAUCAUCAUCAUCUCACUCUUUGUAGCUGUGGGCACCAUCGCCUUGCUGCUGGCCACCGUGUGCUACGUCAAGUUGCAGAAAGAAUCGCGUCUGACUCAGAAAGUGGACUAUCCGGCCUUCAGAGGCGCGGGCGUGGCCUCCGCUAACGAUCUUAAUAAAUCGCUUGGAGAUAAAAGUUUGGCCCAAAGUGCUCAAAUGUAUCAUUACCAACACCAGAAACAACAGAUGCUCUCGAUGAAUCACAAACCAGAACAAAAAGUCAUGGAUGCUGAAGUCACCUCAGAUGAAGAAGAGGCGGGAGACUUCACAGUCUACGAAUGUCCUGGACUUGCACCGACCGGUGAGAUGGAGGUGAAAAAUCCUUUGUUUGAUGACUCCAGCUUACCUUAUCAGGGCCAGCCAAAGUGAAUGCUACACACACACACACACACACACACACACACACACACACACACACACACACACACACACACACA